AGAUGCCCUCCUAAGCUGGCAAGAUGGUUCAACGAACGGGUAAAGGAGCUUGCUGCCAAGCCUGAUGACCUGAGUUUGAUCCUUGGAACCCACAUAUUGUAGAGAGAGAACAUCCUUUAAGCUCCUACAGAUGUGCAAACAUCCCACUGACCUCCACAGAUGUUUUCAGCAUUGGUCCUUCCUUCUGGACUCCCCAUCCCCGACUAUGACCUUUCCUGGGAAUGAGUGAACCUAGUUUGCCCACAUAAGAGGUAACGCCCGUGGAAGACACCAAAGGAGUACUUUUGAAUAAAUGAGUAACAGCCUCGAAGAAAAGAACCAGAGGCAAAUUGAACACUUUGACUCCCAUCUGCAACAAAAUAUCUCAGAAACCGCGAGGACCGCGAUCCUCCCAGGAAAGCCCUUGAAUCCCCAUCGCGAUCCCAAAGAGCGUGCUCUCUCUGGCAGGCUGGGCGAGGCGUCCGCAGCCUGGAAGCUAACCGGGUCUCAGAGACCGACAGAUGCACCCAGGACCCGCCGCUCGCUUCCAAGAAGCGCGGCGGAGCUGCGGCGAGUCAGAGCCCUCCUCGCUUGCCCUCGGCCCUGUCGCCUCGCCCGUCCCUCAACCUGCCGUUCACACGCCGCCCCCGCCGCCCAGCUCAACCCUGGGCUCGGGGUUACCUGGCCGCCAGCCGGCCGGGCCGCGCCGCCAUCACCCCGCCACUCGCGUCCACAGCUGCCCUCUCCGGGCCACCGUACUCCACGGCAGGCCUGGCCGGCCCCUCCCUCAGCGUGCGUAGAAGCCCUAUUCGUAGUACAGUGUCUCUUAGCAACCGCUUCGAGUCUCCAGGCCGGGGGGGUGGAGCCUCGGAAACCCCCGCGGGGAAGCGGAGGGACGAAGCGAGAGCGACCAAUCGGAGACGAGUUCCAGCCCCUCCCGGCCCGCCUCCUCCAACUGUCGCGAGUCCGCAGGCAGCUUUACGGCAGCCAGGGGGUGGGGGCCUCUGGGUGAGGAGAAGGAAGCAACCAACCAACCAAGUCGCCCCCACCCCCUACCCCCACCCCCACCCGCCGCGGAUCUGGUUUACGGCUUGGAGCGCAGGCUCCAGUGCGGCCGCUGAUUGGUCGCCGAAGGCUUGGUCCCAUCCCAGUGACCCCAAAGUGCUGGAAGGAGGGGGCGGGGGUGGCCCAGUGCAAAGUGCAUCCCGAAAGCCCCCUGUCGGGACACCCCGCUGCUGACACUUCGGACCCGGUACGAUUUGGGGUCUCCCUGUCCCCAGACCUCUGGAGUCCCUCGGUAGCUGGAAGCCUCCGGCCCGGCGCGCGGCAGACCCCUGGUCUGAGCCCCUGGACCGGGACUGCCCCCCCACCCCCAACCCGAGCCGGCACUUCCUCCCUGCACCCCUUCCCGGAGGCUGCUCCGAGGCCAAGACCGCCACCUCCAGCCUGAUCGGCUAUCUGGAUGCUCUCUGGGCUGGGGCCGUGAAGCACCGAGGAGGAUCAGGAACACGGUGUCCGGCCCUGCCUGGGGUGUUGCUUCAAUGGAGAAGUUGGUGAAUGUGGAAGAGGCUGAAAGGAGGGAGAGGAGCUGCAGCUGAGGAGACAGGUUUGAGCUGGCUGGAGGACACUCGCGAGCAGAAGGGGUCUGCCCACCCACCAGAGAAGCAGCCGGGAGAGUGCUUUGGAUCAGCAUCCUCUCUAAAGGUGAAGAAUUGCUCUGAGGCCUGGACACACUGGGAACCCCUUCCCCAUGAUGCUGCUUGUACACGAUGGUCAUUAGACAACCUGUGUUCCUAGAGAAGAGUCAUUCUUCUGUAAGCCAAGAGACUGAAUUUCAAGGAAGUAAUUAAGUGAAGAAAGAAAAGGAAACUUCCUUAUUAAGAGAACAAAUUAUCAAGAAAUUUCCCAUUUCCUAAUUUUCUCUGAGGAAACAGGUAUUUGAGGCUGACUCCUUUGACCUAAUGACUGGUUGGUGAAAAGCGGACUCUGCUAGGAUGUUACACCACCACUGUCGGAGGAACCCUGAGCUCCAGGAAGAAUUGCAGAUUCAGGCUGCAGUAGCUGCCGGGGAUGUUCACACAGUACGGAAGAUGUUGGAGCAAGGCUAUUCCCCAAACGGCCGGGAUGCCAACGGCUGGACCUUGCUCCAUUUCUCUGCAGCAAGAGGAAAGGAGAGAUGUGUUCGGGUGUUUCUAGAACAUGGAGCUGAUCCUACGGUUAAGGACUUAAUCGGAGGCUUCACCGCUCUGCAUUACGCAGCCAUGCACGGCCGGGCCCGGAUUGCACGCCUGAUGUUAGAGUCUGAAUACAGGAGUGACAUUAUUAAUGCAAAAAGCAAUGAUGGCUGGACUCCUCUCCACGUGGCUGCCCACUACGGUAGGGACUCAUUCGUCCGGCUCCUUCUGGAGUUCAAGGCUGAGGUCGACCCACUUAGUGAUAAAGGUACAACACCCCUUCAGCUCGCCAUCAUCCGAGAGAGAUCAAGCUGUGUGAAAAUCCUCCUGGACCACAAUGCCAACAUCGACAUUCAGAAUGGAUUCCUGUUGCGCUACGCUGUAAUCAAAAGCAAUCACUCUUACUGCCGCAUGUUCCUUCAGAGAGGGGCAGACACAAACUUGGGGCGCCUAGAAGACGGACAGACUCCUUUGCACUUGUCUGCCCUCCGUGAUGACGUGCUCUGUGCACGGAUGUUGUAUAACUAUGGAGCAGACACGAACACAAGGAACUAUGAAGGUCAGACCCCACUGGCCGUUUCAAUAAGUAUUUCAGGAAGUAGUCGGCCGUGUUUGGAUUUCUUACAAGAAGUCACAAGACAACCCAGAACCCUGCAGGACCUGUGCCGAAUUAAAAUUCGACAGUGUAUAGGCCUUCAAAACCUGAAGCUGCUUGAUGAACUACCAAUUGCCAAGGUCAUGAAAGACUACUUAAAACACAAAUUUGAUGAUAUCUGAUAUACCUGGACUGUGAGCAAGAUUAAGAGUUAUUCCAGACACUUAAAAGGCUCUGGGCCUUGCACAAAGUAUAUCCUAUGCAAUUUCUGAUUUGCUGUGAAGUCAGAAGGCAGGUAUACACUUUUAGGGUUUUUGUUUGGUUGGUUUUCAUUUUAGGGGAGGGAUUUUUAUAUAUAUAUAUGAACACACACACACCACGCUUGAAGGUCUUAAUUUGGUUUCUUGGUCCAAGUCUAUGAGGUCCAAGCCUUUCUAUACAAUACUGCAUUUAGAAAAAUUGUUUUUCCUAAAUGCACCAACACAGGCAGGUUCAAAGUGGAGGGUUCUCCCUUUUGAGCUCUGGUUUCAUUGGUGAACAAGGUACUAGAAACCAGUAGAACAUUUGUUAAGUUUGGAGGUCUCAGGCUCACCUAGUAGAUCCUGGGUGACGCUGGAUAAUUCCCUGCGAAGAAACUUACAGUAAUGCUAUCACCUCAUUCAUUUUUAACGAGUACAGAUGAGCUGUUUAAAAAUUCUUUUUUCCCUUCUAAUUAAUGUAGCUUUCCAAUGG